AUGCGCCGGGACUCAAAUGCCGAGCCAAGCAGCUUGCAACCUUCGGGACUUCUGAGCCGCGAGGCUAUGACCGGCAAAUUCUCGCUCAGGGCCAUCCUCAGUACGGGAGAUGGCGACGCUGGCGAGCCAUCAGGAAUGACUGUAUCUCUGCCCCGAGACGACCCUGUCGACCUGGGUCUUGUCAACUCUACGAUAGCAAAGAGUCUUUUUGAGAACUUCAUGACCGUCCUCAACCCAUACAUCUGCCAGAUGGACCCAGUUCUACACACCUAUCCCUACGUUCGACAACGGUCAUCUUUCCUCUUUACCGCCAUGCUUGCCAUGGCAGCCAAGCUCUUUAAUACAAGUAUACACAAGCAACUCCAUGAGCACGCAGAAGAGCUACUCAGUAGAUGUUUCCGCGAGGGAUCAAAGUCAGCCGAGAUUGCUCAGGGUGCCCUUAUCUUGACCUACUGGAAAGAGCCUCAAGAUACUCGCGCUUGGACUCUCGUAGGCUGGGUCAUCCGCAUGUGCAUUGACCUAGACUGGCACAAGCUUGCAGCCUCGUUAGGCGGCAGCUAUGAUGAUAAAAGUGAGCUAGAGAGAAGAGAAGUACGAAACGUGGAGAGGACGUGGUUGGUUCUAUUCGUUUAUGAUCGAAGCAUAAGCCUUCAGACAGGCAAGCCCUACAUGAUCGAGCGGAACGACUUCAUCGAGUCGGUUGAUACCUGGUGCAACAACUCGAUAUCCAUCGCGAACGACUUCUUCCUCGGUGCUCUUGUAAGAUUACGUCUGGAGACUUCGGUGAUUUUCAACCUCAUUGGUCCCAAGCGAUUUGGCCGAGACGGAUUGUCACUGAAUAAUAUCGAAUCUCUACUUACACUCAUCAACCGACGUAUCAUGGAGUGGCAGAACCGCUGGGUUCAACUGGCAGAACAGCAAGGCCCCCCUGAUGAGGAGAGUUGCCAUCCCUUCUUGAUUCGGUUCUACGGAACUCAUCUCCGCCUACAAGUCUUUUCGCUGCCUCUCCAAGAGCUGCUGAGAGCCUGCGAUCCAGAGUCAUCACCUAGCCUGGAGAUGCUAUGGGUAGCCUAUUCCAGUGCCACGGACAUGCUCCGGAUGAUACCCCAGAACUCUUCCCGACUCUUCUUUGCGCAAGACUCCGUACAUAUCAUGAUCGCUUACAGCGCGGCAUUUCUGAUCAAGCUGCUUGUAUUGGCUCCGGAAUCAAUGACUAAGGAAAUCGAACCCAGCACGCUGGAAAUAAUCCGCAAUGCAGCAAUAGCAUUCUCGCAACAGGCCGCCCAGCCUGGUUCAAGCUGUGCACUUCAGGCCGGGUUCCUCAACAAGGUUACUUCCAAUCUAGCCACAAGGUGGCGGACCGAGAGCCGGUCCGCCGCCGCCAACCAAGUCGUUGCGGUCGCCGCUCAGACACCGAUUCAGGGGAACAGGCCGUCUUCAACGAGAACUCCAGCCCAGAGUCGCGACUGGGCCAUUCUAGACAGCGUAGAUCCCGCAUCACAGCAGGGUACCUUGGACUUCCAGUUCGUCAGCGACGAGACCUGGGAGCACCUCUUCGCAAGCGCCGGUUUCAGCACGCAAGAUGGUGUAUUCCUAGCUUGA